AUGAUGGAUUUUGACGAGAGGGUCCCCGUCGGAUCGAACAUGUAUUUACCUAGUUGUACCUACUAUGUGUCGGCGGGGGCAGAUUUUUCCACUCUCCCCUCAUUUUUGUCCCAGACCCCGUCUACUCGCCCCAUGACGUACUCCUACUCCUCUAACCUGCCGCAAGUUCAGCCCGUGAGAGAGGUGACGUUCAGGGACUAUGCUGCCAUUGAUGCGUCCAGUAAGUGGGCGCACAGGGGAAAUCUGCCCCAAUGCUAUCCCCCCACAGAGGACAUGGUGCACAGAGAUUGUCUGUCGGCACAGACUACCGUGGGGGAAAUGUUCGCCAAAAACAACCCUGCUGCCGCUGCCGCGUAUCACCACCACCACCACUCAGGCUCGGGAUCUGCAUCCAAUUUUUACGGUAAUGUUGGAAGGAACGGGGUGCUGCCUCAAGCAUUUGACCAGUUUUUCGAGACGGCAUAUGGAAAUCCAACAGAAAACCAUUCAGCGAACGACUACUCAGGGGACAAAACGGUCACCAAGACGGCAAGCUCUGCGCCGGAGCACGCACCAUCAUGCCGGGACACAGAGGCGAAAGAGCCGCGCGAGGAGACCAGCAGCCCAGAGUCUUCCGGCAACAAUGAGGAGAAAUCGAGCAGCAGCAAUGGACAAAGGACCCGUAAGAAAAGAUGUCCUUAUUCAAAAUAUCAAAUAAGAGAACUGGAGAGAGAGUUCUUUUUCAGUGUGUACAUUAACAAGGAAAAACGGCUGCAGCUCUCUCGUAUGUUGAACCUCACCGACCGUCAAGUAAAAAUCUGGUUUCAGAACCGAAGAAUGAAGGAAAAGAAAUUAAACAGAGACAGAUUACAGUAUUACACCACGAAUCCUCUGCUAUAGGAUUCAUUGCAUUUACAGACUUGACUGCUGUGUCUUUUCCUCAGACGUAUGGCUGCAACAAAACGACAGUGACCACAACAGCAACAACAGCGCUCAACGGUUAAUUUCAAGUUCGAGGACAAUUUACUCUCCUGAUUUGAAAAUCAGCAUGAAGACAUAGUAUGAACAUUAGACUCAUGAGACUUUGUUUAAGAGUUUUUCUGUCAUCACAAAGACAAUUGUAUUUUGUCCAGACAUAUUCUAAUAUUAUUGGAGCGCACAGUCUCUUUGUUAAUUUUCUUUUCACGCGGACAACCUAAUCAGUCUAUGCACUGACCUUACGUUUUUGUAAUCAAAAUAACCCUUGAUUUUAAUUUUCUGUUAUUGAAUCUUAGGACUCUCAACCUGGGUCGGUUUACUUGUAUGAUGUCGUAGGCCUACAAGUUAACACUUUUGGUUACGGACUUUGUUAUGACCAAAUAUGCCUUAUGACUCUGCACAGACAGACAUUGUCUCUAUUUGUUAGGUUAUUUAUUUUGUGGCCAUUGUUUACUCAUUUGUAAAACUAUGGCUAUUGGGAUACCAUGUUUAUUUAGUAUGACCCCAGCACAU